AUGUUUGGUUUCUUGUUCCAUCGAUGGCGGAAAGCUUCCAAAUGUAAAAAACUGUUGCAGCAGCUUCAGUCUCGUCUUAGCUUACUCAAGAACAAGAACUACGCAAUUUCAAGACAUUUACGUGAUGACAUUGCUCUCUUCAUCCGCAUCAAUGAUCACACACGAGCUCUCCUUCGGACCAAACAGCUACUCCUUGUCCAAAACUCCAUUUCAGUCUAUGAUUUGUUGCUUCGGUUCUCUGAGUUUAUCCUUCUCCACUUCUCCUCCAUUAGGAAACGCAGGUUAUUUAUCAUUUUUUGCUUAGAGUUGGUUAAUGACGACAUUAACGAAGCGGUUUCAAGUCUUGUAUUUGCUUCUUCGAGGUGUGGUGAAUUACCUGAGCUAGUUAGCAUCAGAGAGCUCUUUGUUCAACGUUACGGUCAAAACUACGUAACAAAGGCUCUUCAGCUUUUCCCUGGACAUCUUGUGAACCUCCAGAUCAAAGAGAAACUGUCGGUAACUACGGUGCCAGAGGAUUUGAAGUCUGCAUUGUUGGAUGAAAUAGCAAAAGAAUAUGGUCUACGUUUAGAAAUGUUAAGGCUGGAAUAUACACAUGAAGUUGAUAAGCAGGUAAAUGAAGAGGAAGAUACGAAAGUAAUUGAUUCAGAUUUAAAUAGUUGCUCUGAUGAUCAGUCACCAGAAGUGUAUAAAUUUAGCCUCACUGAUGUGGAAGAAGAGAAGAGCAAGGAAGAGAGAUCAAUGGAGGAUGAUUACAUAGAUGAGGAUCAAGUUGGAGAAGAUGAUCAUAGAGUAUUCAGAUUCAGAGAAAGUAGUGAAGAAGAGAGACCAUCACUCUCAUCAUCAUCAUCAUCAUCAUCAUUAUCAUCAAGAAGGUUUAAGGACAUGGAAAGUUUGAGGUACUAUAAGAGGAGAGAAAAAAUUCGUCCAAGGAGAAGAUCAUCAUCAUCAUCAAACUGUUAUCAUAUAGUAUACAAUGUGUUUUGGGUGAAGAAUGAAGAGGAAGAAAAGAAAGUAAGAAAUAGAUUGUUACCCAAACAUGUUCAUCCCAAGCUUCCUGAUUACGACCAAAUUGCUGCUCAGUUUAAAGCCCUUAGGACACAGCAACGUAUGCAUUCUUAA